AUGUCAAAAAGAGCCAAACUCACGCACCAUGAUCCAGAGGCACAUUCAAGGCAUCUAAGGCGACAAUUGGAGUCAUUGGAGAAGGACAAUCACACAUCCAUCAGCAGUGUUGAAGGGCUGGUAACAGUUGCUUUGACCGCACAGGAAGAAGAAGGAAGCACGCGUAAAUCGCGGAAUAGAUCGAAAAACAUAUACUCGACCAAAGUUACACUCAGUGCAUUGCUGGAGUCUAGUCCUAUCACAGCGCACUGCUAUCAAAACUGUCAAGUCCAACCCUCUAUAUACCCUGCCAGAAAGUUUUGUUCCGUAUGUGGAUACGCCAGUGAAUACAAAUGUCUCAAGUGCGGCAUGAAGUACUGCUCCACCAAAUGUCUAGCAACGCACAUGGAAACUCGAUGUCUCAAAUGGACAGCUUGA